GAGGGUCGCUGGGCUGAGCUGAGCUGAGCUGCGCCGCGGCGGUGACGGGGCCGGCGGCGGCGGUGGAGGGGCCGUGCGUGUGCUCCGCUGCUUUUGGCGGUGAAAUGGCUGCGGCUGCCGGGUGCUGAGGAGUCAGUCAGGUAUUUCUGAGCUGACUUCUUUCAUCAAAUAAAAUUGGUAAAAUGGAUAAGUACGCCAGGACUCAAGGCAACCGAAUGAAACCAAGAAUAUCUGUGAAAAAGAAUUUUGGUGAAGGUGUACUGCACUGUAUGAAGUCACUGCUACACAGCAGGAAAGAAUUAUGCAGUGUAUCAGCAGAGGAAUAUCUGAAUCGGGAAGAACAAGAUAACUUUAUUGAGAUUACAUUUAUAGGUUUUGCUGAAGAGAAGAGUACUGCCCAUUUGAAGGAGUUGGCAGCUGUUUCUGCAGAACUCCCAGAUGUUCUGAAAUCAGUCCAAUUGUGCAAUCUAAAAGAAAAUGAGGUGAUAUUUCUAAAAGAUAUAAAGGCAACGUGGGCAAAACCUUAUGUCAUGAAACAUCAGAGUCAGCUUCCUGAAGUCUUCUGUGUGAUGAGACUGUCUCCUUCAUUCCCAAGGAUCAAAGUUGAUUAUAUAUUUACCUUGCUGAGCAAGUAUACCACAGGGGUAAGGUAUGCAGUGGAAAUAAACUCGUCACAAAAGCAUCGAGCAGAGCCAUCCCAUGGAGAAGAUGAUGACACAAAUCAGUCAGUUUCUUCAAUUGAGGAUGAUUUUGUCACUGCUUUUGAACACUUAGAUGAAGAUGAGCCUUCAAAGCUACAAAGUGCUGGUGUGAGCAGCUGUACUUCUCAGAACCAUCGUGAUGCUGCUUCACAGACCAUUCCUGCUCAAAGCUUAGAAGUUGCUGACUCCAAGAUCCUUGUGGGUUCUACACGUCGGAAGUCAUCUGCCAGAUCUUCUACUUUAAUUGAUAUUUUGGGGCUUAAGGAACUGUCCUCAGUAAAAAAUUCAGUUACAACCUCAGUUUCUGACCCUUGGAUACAAAGGAGUUUCUACAAGCCAUACAAUCCUUCUGAUCAAGGUGUUAAUUUUUUACGUAAAACAUUGUUUUCUUCCUCUCCAGCUGAAUCCUCUGAGUCAGAUUGCUCCAGCCCAAGCCCCAUCAUCUUCUUAGAUGAAGAAGGGUAUCAAAAAAGCUUGAAGGCAAAACUUCAACUGCCAAAAAUUCCAGUAGUGAAAGAUGGUAUAGAGGAUUCAGACUCAGAAGUGAGUGAAUUUUUUGAUAGUUUUGAUCAGUUCGAUGACCUGGAACAAGCCUUGGAAAACUCUUGCAAAGUUAUUAGAGAUCCCAUUCUAGGGAAUCCCUCCCAGAAAAGGAGGACUGCACAUGAACAGUUGUCUUCUGCAAGGGUUACAAUGAACCCUCAGAAAUUCAAGUCUGAUCGUCCCGCUCUCCCAGCCAAUGUAAGGAAACCAACUCCUCGUAAACCAGAAUCACCAUAUAGCAGCAUCUUUGAUGUCCCAGAUUCCCCUCGUCCAGUUAAAACUUCAGGGGAAGAGAAUGGAGCCUUGUUCAGCCCUAUUAGAUCAUCAGCUUUCAGUCCACUGGGGAGCUGUGGUUCUUCUGAGUGUUUAUGUCGAAUUAGUCUUGGUGGAGAUGGGACAGGUCAAAAUCACCAUGAUGCAGUUUGUAAUAGUUACUCAGCAUAUGCUGAUAGUGUUUCCUUUGAAAUACUGGGUUCUGUUUUUCAUUCUGAGUCCUCAUCGGGCCAAGUAUGUGCAGGAGAUUACUUGAAACACAAAGGAAUUGCUUGGAAAGAGAAAAAAGGUCAAGCUGCAGAUCUCAAAAUGAAAAAUAGGGAGCCAGAUAAACAAGCAAAAUCUAAACAUAAGUCGUUAAUGAUCAGAGAUAGUAUUCAAAAAUUUGCAACUGAAUUAGUUGAAAAAAGUUUUGGCAGCGCAUUUAAAGACCUGCAAAAAGGUGUUUCUUCAUGCACCAAUGCACUUUGUCAUUUGGCUGCUAGGUUGACUUCUUCUGUCUUCCAAAUGGCUUUUUAUGAGAUUGGAAGACGUAGAGCAAUCUCCCUGAAGGAACGUGCCAUUAAUGGGAUAGCAAACCUUUUGGUGAGUGAAGCCAUAACUGGUGCUUUGAAAGAACUGCGGCACGUAAAGAAACAAAUAUUCACCAACACCGUUGCCAGGUUUGCGGCAGACCUUGCUGAGGAACUUGUAUUUGAAGGAAUCAUGGAAGUCUGCCAGUUUUCAUACCCGUCAACACCCACAGCUGCCCAGCCCUCAGCAUUUGAUUAUGAAGACAAAGUGGUAAGAUCGUAUGCCAGAGAUUUGUCUGAGUCUGUCAUUCAGGAGGCUUUUAUUGAACUAUCUCAGGUUGAUGUGACCUUCACGACACAAGCAGCCAUUAGUGUUUCCAUGGACAACAUUAAAUAUGUGAGUGCAGAAAGUAUGAUAGAGUCAACACAGACUUCUACAGUUUUUCCUCAUUUUAGUGAUAGGGUGGCGCUGAAGCCAGCCCAAGAUUCCAAGAAGGAGUAUACAGUACAACAAGCUCUAUUUUGCACUUCUGGUCUUGUAAGUUCAAUACCUGUGCCCUUAGCUGGAAGAGCUCUUUGUCAACAUCAGGUUUCCUCUGAUGCUUAUAAAAUAAAAGUAACCACUGCUUCAAAUUCUGAUGACAGUACAAAAGUCUGCAAAGAUUCCACUCAUCCUUUUUUCACAAGCAGAAAGAGAGAGGAAGAAGUCACUUCUUUCAGAAAUGUGUAUCUAACUUCAGAUCACAGUCAAAGUACUGGAAGUACUCUGUCACUCCCACAUAACCAAAAUGAUACCAAGCAAGCAAACAACAGAUCUGUAAUGAACAAUACAGAAUUUACAAGUGGGUCAAAAGGCAUUAAUACUUUCUCUGGAACUAUGGUAGAUAUAAUAGUGAAUGAAGCUUAUGAAGCCAUAACCUCAUCUAGAGUAACAAAAGCAGUAGAAGAGUAUAGAGAUUUUUUAACAAGAAAAAUAGUAGAUAAAAAACCUCACACGCAAUGUAUUGGUGAAGAUUUCCCCAAGAAUGUGUUUGCAGAUCACUUGGCCAAGUAUGUCAUAAAACAAUCUGUGGAUGAAAGCAAAGCUGUGUUAUGCAACACACGUGAUAAUUUAGCGUGUAGUGUGACCUCAGAGACUUGUGCAGAUAGCAGUAGAAAAGGACAAUGUGUAACAAAGAAGCAAGAGGCUGAAAAGCAAAGUAAUGUUUCUGUAAUUGUGGAACAACAACAGAUGCCUUCAAUUAAUCCAUGUAAAUUUCUUCUUACUCCAACUCAUUCUGUUCAGUGUUUUUCAGAAUCUAAAGAUUGUUGGCAGGAACAAAAAGGACACAGUUUUUCUGCAAAAUCACCAUCGCCUUGCUCUGCUGUGACUUUUGCUAAGCAUGUUCUACAGGACUUCACUGAGACAGGAAGCUACUCAACACCAUACUUAAACAAGCCCUCAAAAACCCAUGAUACUCAGAAACCAUCAUCAGGACCUUUGACUUACAAGCAGGCUGAUUGUUUUCUGCAUGCAAAUAGGUUUUCUUCAGUCAUGUUGGGCAGUGAGGAAGCAUUGCAGGUAGAAGAUAAAUCAAAUCUCAAAGAUGGAAAUACCUGUGCAAUGCCUGAUACACCCCCACCAACUCCUUUAGUACCGUGUCAGGGUAGUUCUGAAAGGAACCUAAGAAAACUGUCUAAGAAACUCAAGGGAGAAUUAGCAAAGGAAUUUGCACCUGCAACACCACCUUCCACACCUUACAAUCCAUCUGUUACUGGUUUGUCUGUAACAGAACAUGAUGCUCUGGAAAAUGAGGAAUUUAUGUUGAAACUCAUGCGGUCGCUUUCUGAAGAAGUGGAAAGCAGUGAAGAUGAGUAUCAUUCUGAAAUCCCUGUGGAGAAAAAGGAAUGUGCAGAAAAAACAGUUCAGUAUGCAGAUUGCUUAGCUAGCCAUAUAAUUUCAAUAGCAACUGAAAUGGCUGCUUCCCAUUUAGAUGGUAAAACCAAUGAAAGAGAAGCUGAUAGAGAGGUUCAGUUAGGUAUGCAAAGCAAAAGAUGGGGAUACACUGCAUUUGUAAAUAUCCCGGAAGAGACCUGUAAUUCCUUAUGUAAUUAUGCAGGUGAUAUGGCAGGAAAAGUCAUCAACGAAGCCAAGAAAAUAGUGAAGUCAAGGCAUUGUAAACUGUUGAGGUUGAAGCGGGUGAACUGUCAGGUGGAUUGUGUUUAUGUGAGAAAAGGUGAUAAAGAUCACAGUUCAAAAGAACGGUGUGGUCCAGUGCAGGAUCAGUGGCUGGGGGAGAAAGACUCAUCUGUACUUUCCUUACCACAAGGCUCAGGCAUGGCAGGCUUGACUUCCAAAUACCCCAGCUGUGAAAGUGUGACUGAUGAAUACGCAGAUCAUAUUAUUCGAGUGCUGAAAAGAGAAGGUGGUAAUGCUGAACUGUUAAUGGAUCAAUAUGCUAGCAGACUUGCUUACAGGUCUAUCAAAUCAGGCUUACAGCAAGCUGCUAGAAAAACCAAACAGAGGUACAACAGAAAGACAUUUCCUGGUCAAAAUACACAGGUCAGUGGUAAGCUGGAGCUGAUCAAAGCAGUGAAUAAAGAUGCAGUACAGCACAUGAAAAGCAGCAUUCAUCGCUGUGAAGACCAAACGUAUGAAAGGAGUAUUGACACACAGAAAAUGGAAUGUACUGAGCUGUUACAUUUUUCGGAGUCCCUUGCUCGCAGUAUCACUUGUGAUGUCAGGAAGAAAUUGAAAAUGUCGGGAGCAUGUUUGCCAAAAUCUCUGACAGAUUCCUGUCUGUAUAAAAAGACUGAAUUUGAUGAAGUCACGGGGGAUCUUAUUAAAACAAGAUUUUCUAGGACAUUUCUUCCCUUCUCCCCAGAUCGUAAACUCUACCAUAGUAUGGGCAGUUUAAAUGAAAACAGCUACAAUCAAAGCAUAAUUCAAGCUAUAGAAGAGUACGCUAGGAAAGUAGCAGAUGAUACUCUAGAAAUGAGUUUAGAGUCAGCUGUUCUCCGUGUGGCUGAGAACAGAAAAAAUGGGGAUAAGCUCUCAUAUACUGAGAAACUGUCUCCUUUUUCUGGAACUGUCUGUAGAUGCUGCAGUAUGAAGGAACAUCGGUACUGUAGAGAAAGUGCAUCUCAUCAUCUACCUGUGCAAGAAUCCUCCAUUCCAGUGAGGCAUUUUCUUCAUGCUGGAUUGGGCAGUGCUUGUCAAAAAUCAAGAGUGCUUCAACUUGACAUUCCUAAAAUUCACGUUGAUGUAGAACAGAAGACAGUGUUUUCUGACAAGGGAGCUACUGUAGCCAUAGAGAAAGCAGAAGGAGAGCUGAGUUACACAAGUCUGGCAGCUGACAGUGGUAUUGGACAAGAUGGAGUCAGUUUUGCUGAGAGCCUUACUACUGAAAUAAUGACAUCAGCUAUGACUAAUAUUGGUCAGGCAGUUAACAUAAGCUCUGUCGGAAGGGAAGGAUUUCACUCUGUUGAAUCUGUUGUUAGCCAGCAGAUGAGUCUUAGUAUUGGUGAUGAUAGCACUGGGAGCUGGUCAAAUCUAAGUUUUGAAGAUGAACAUCCUGAUGAGAGCAGCAGUUUUCUUCACCUCAGUGACAGUUCAGCUGUGUUCUCUUCUUCUCCUGGCAGUAAUGGUAACAGCAGUAGCUGGAGCAGUCUUGGUUUAGAAGGGGAUAUGUAUGAGGAGAAUUUAUCCUUUCCAACAUCAGACAGUGAUGGUACAGAAGAUAAAGAUGAAGACUCCAAGGAUGCUGUGGAAGGUUCGGAGCAAAUACGAAAGACUUUAGCAGUAGCAAAUAUUGAUCUGGAACCAAAUCUAGUGGACCUGCAGCUCAGAGCCACACUCCAGUGGCUGGCAGCUUCUGAAACAGAGGUGUCUGAUCUUCACUUUCAUGACAGUGCCACAAGGGAAUUUGUCUUUCUUUCCAGAAGGCUACGAGAAAGAGAUUGGAAAGUUGGAGAUCUCUUGCAAGCAGUGCUGAAAUAUUGUGAAAUUAUAGAGAAGGCAGCUGAUGGAGAGCAAGCUCUGAACAAGUCUUUGGUCAGCUGGCUUCUGGAAAAUGUCUGAGAAACCCAAAGAUGCAACACUCUAUACUUCAUUCCUCUUUUGAAAGGAGCUAGAAAGAACACAGACACGUGAAGUGAAAUUAGACUAAUGAAUGUUCAAGUAAUUGUCAGCAUUUAAAAGACCUUGAGGUGAAAGUCAAAAUAGCUGUGCUGUGCUUUGUGAUACUGUGCACAUGGUUUGUUUAUUCAGUCCUUAAUCGGUAUCGUCCACCCGCGCGUAACUUGUAUUUACUGCUGUGUUCAGACCAUUGAAAUCUUUAUAUUAAAAAAAUCUCGUCUAUGAUAGUGGUUCAGAGGAGACAGUCUCAGGCAUGAUAUUCAGGAUUCCUGCUGUGCCAGGGUAGCUCUUUUUUUCUGACUUGUACGUGUGCUGUAUUCACAGUGGGACUAAGAGCACUGACGUUCUGCAAAAGUCUGUUCUGGAAUACCUUGCUUGCAGACAAGGGAAAAAAAUACUGACAUUGGCCAGUAGUUACGUGCCCACGGGGGUUCCAUUCCCAGGAAGAAGAUGCUGACCUGCCCAAGCAGCCCCUUAAUGCAGUCUGGCUUCUUGGCCACCUUUAUCAAGCUGAACUAUGUGCUGAUGUGAGAGCCUGAAACUGUUGAGGUGCAAAUGAGUGUUCCUUUUUGUUGACUACUACAGAGCUGGUGACUGCUGGUAGAGAGGCAGAGUCUAUAGCUGAGCAGAAUUACAUACAUAAUUCUUUAGCAAGGUUUCCUGAAGCUUGCCAAUCGAGUUUAAAUGGCUAAAUUUCUUGCUGAGCUUUUUGUAUGCAGAUACUUCUGUGACAUUAAUUAUGUGUCAAAGAAUUUGUAUGUUAGUCUCUCUCAUAAAUAUGCUAAAAGUAGCAGAUAGAAACAGCGUCUCCUGAGGAUUUUGGCCAUUGUUUUGACAGUCCAAUUGUUUAUUUCUUAACCUCCAUAUAUUAAAUUUCCUUUCACAAAUAAAGAUAAUUUUGUUACUCAGUAAGCACUUCAGCAUUUAGCAAAGAAAGCUAACUGAAAUGUAAAGGGGAAAUUUAUUGCAAAUUGAUUUUGCAUUUUUCUGAACUACCUUCACUGAAUUAUUUUUUUUUAAAGGCACUUCUGAUCAAGUCUUUUUAGCAGUCUAAUAGGUUUCUCACCAGCACUGCUGAGUUGCCUUUCUUUCUGAAGGAAAAUAUGGACCUUUACAUAUCCUGUGGUUUGAAAAUGCUCUUUGGGUUUUGUGUUUUUAUACAUCCUUUGAGAGAAAAAGGCAUGUGCUGGUAAUUACUAUGUGGCCACCUCAAAUCUCGUAUCAUUUGUAGGAGAAUCAUGGAGUCUUACUUAUUUUGGAUGAAGAGAAGAAUCUUAAUAGCUUUUUUGUAGAAAAAUACACAGUUGACAAGGACAGAGAUAAAAUCUCUAAAUCUGUUCUUGAAUUUUAAUGGAAUAUAUAAAAUUCUGAUUUCCCCUACCCCCUAAAUUACCAUAAGGUGUCACGCUUGUAAACUCAGGAGCACUCCCUUUGCAAUGUCUUUAUGUUUCAGGAAGACAUUCCAAUAAUCUUUUUACCAAGACCUAGUUUGUUUCAUCAGAUGGCAUCUGGAUUUCUGCUUUGGAUCUGGCAAAGUUCAUCUUUCUCACAGAAUAAAAGAUUUUUGAUCUUUCUGUAUAUGCACAUUUGUGUGUUCCCACAGGUGUGUGCACACAAAGAUACAUGUAUGGAUCUAUACGUGUAUGAGAUCUCACCAAUAUGAACUUAGAAUAUGAAUUUUUACCACUACCUUAAAAUUCUGUUAUAUUCAUCAUUUAUUACCUCACUUCAUGUAUCACUUCACUCAUUGAAAGGUCUGUGUGCCAUGUGACAAAAAGACUUAGAACCAUUAUAAGAUCUUUUCUCUUGUUAUGGGUAAUACAGUGCCAAGCGCCAGGGAUCAUUUUUGUCUAGAGCCCAAAGCAAGGGGGGAAGAAUCUUAAUUCCUGUAUUUGGAAAACAGGACUAGUUUUUUCAGUAUUUUUGAAGAGCUGUUCAAAAACUGUCUAGAAUAUUUCAUUUUUUUCUUCCAACACACCCAUGCUUCAUUCUUCCCCUUUUUUAAUGGUUGACUUUUGACAUUGUUUCAGAGAAAACUUCAAAACUAUUCUCUAACAUCUUCCCCUUAAGACAGCAAUAAUAUAUACAUUUACCUGUAAAAAUGGAAUGUCAAGAAAAUGAAAUACUAAAAACAAUGCCUUGGCAUUAAAUUCUGCUGUGAGUAUUGGAACUUUGCAUUCUCACCAAGUGGAAUAUCAGGACAUGAAGAUGCAGUAGUCUAGUACAGUGUUUCUCUACAUGUCCAAAACCACACUGAGAAAGAUUGAAGACACUGUAAAUGUACAAAGCUGAACAAUGGAAAAAAAGGAACAAACAAAACACCACCACAGAAACAGCCAUCUUUUAACAGAUUUACUCAGUAUGUUGUAUUUUAUAAAACUGAAAUGUUUUUUCUUUUAUUACUUUUCUGGAGAAAGGCAGAGGAUUGUGGGAUUCCCAAAGCUUACAUUCAAAAAGCUAAAUAGACAAUAGUUGCACCAAAAAUAUUUUUUUAUAAAUGGAAUCUUGUUUUCAGAGUGGAUCAGAUAUAUUACAUAGCUAUUGACUGGGUUUAUAUCAAGGAAAAAAAUGAUUUGGUAGCCCUAAUGAAGGUCUUAAACAAUAUUAAACUCCUGACCACAUAUCCAGAUAUGUGAACUGAAAAUGUGGAGGGCCCCUUUUUGGUCCAUUUACAGCAGACAACUCUGCUUUAUAAAGAAACAUAAUAAGAUAGUUGGUUUCCCCUUGCAUUUUUUCUGUAUGGAAAAGCUGCCUUGGUAAUUUAGUUUUUACAUUGAGUAAAAUAAAUACAAUGAUGGUAGUGUUCCAGGUGACACCCUGUCUCAAACACUUCAUAAAAUACGUUCAGUGUUCUGAAAAAUGGAAGUGUUUGGAUCUUUUGUAAGAUUAUCUAGAAAAAGCACUUUUAAAAUAACUCCCUCUAUAAAUUAACAAUUAGAAGUGGCCAUAUUAAAAAACAUUUAAAUAUUCAGAAGGGGUGCAUAAAUAAUACAGAAGUGUGCAUAAAGCCUUAAAAUAAAAACCAAAUAAAAGUCAAACCCAUGUGCUAAAAUUUAAGAUUUACUGUCUCACAAUAAAAAAAGUAGCUUAGAUGAUGGACUUGAAUGCAGUUUGUGUAGUAUGCUUGUUCUUGAGUUUCGAAAGAUUGUGGAAGCUUUUUAAAAAACAAACAAAACCCAAAAACCCAGUAACCCACAUUCCGAGACCAGUUAGGUCUCUCAAAAAGUGGUAUCAGAUUUUAAACACUACAUUUUCUAACCUAACUUUGUCUGGGACCUUUUCUAUAAAGAGCCACAUAUUGUUGGAAAUGGGAACACAGUAAGUAGUAAACACUGUCACCAGCGCAAAGCCCCUUAGAUUUAUGCAGUUUAUUAUGCAAAGAAAAACACAAGAUUCAGGAAUGAUUUUAGUGUAGGAGUUCUGGCUUUUCAGCAAGAGCCACUACUGUCAAGCAUUUACUGUACUUGAGCUCUGAAGACACAAGUACAGAGUCCAGCCACUGUAGUCACUUUAUUUUCUACCAUCUCUGUACAUUCCUGUUGUAUAGAUGGAGUUGUAGUUUCAGGGGGCCUUUGUUCUGUUGUGAUGUCUGAGUUUAAUUUAGUAUUUAAUACUAAAUUUUAUUAUAAUUUGCUGGAACCGCUGCUUAUUUGUGCAGUGUUACAGUAAUUCACAGCUCAGUUAGUGAUGCAAUUGUAUACCAAAAGCAGUUUGAGUAACUAUAAAUGUUUAUGUAACUGUACUUAAUGAAUAUGAAGGUCUUGUACUGUAUAAUGGUGACAAGUUUUGCCAUUUUAGUAAUUUAACUAUAUUCAGUUUUCAGAUUAUGAACUCCAGGUUGCACUAAAUUUGUCCUUGUUUUAGCAGUGGCUUAAAAUAAAAUACAUUUCACUGGC